AUGUGGAUUAUUGUAAGUAAUACGAAAGGUGAACCACCAACAUGUGGUUGUAAGCAUGGCGAUAAGCCACCACCACCACGUGUUAUGGUUGAUGAAUGGAUUGAUUUAUGGCCGCAGCUUAUUUUGGUUGGAAUAAAAACCCAUUCAUUGCAAAUCUUCAUAGAGCUACCGGAUUUUGUUCGUGGCUAUGACUACGACUGGAAGUUAUUCUCGCUUUGUGCAUUAUUCGGUGAGAAAGAAUGGUUCUCAGUACAUGUUGAUCGUAAAGAUAUUAUAUCACCGUGUGCUGAUAUCCGUAACAAGAAAGCAUCGGCAGCUUUUGGAGGGAAGGAGCAUAUCAUGGGACCAUCGGUACAAAAGCAAAUGGUACUCUGCCCCAAAGACCUGGCAACAAAUUUGAUUAAUUGCAAGCGUCCUCCCUUGAAUGAAUGGUCAUUCGUAACCAACCUCUAA